AUGGAAUCCCUAAUUAAGGAAGCGCGUGAAAUUUAUGAUGGUAACGACAUUAGAGAAUUGAAUGAAAUAUAUGUGAAGAACAAAGCAAUCGUGGAAAAAUUAGAAAAUUUGAUUCCAAGAGCUCAUAAAGAAAUUACUAAAGAGCAUGAAGACCAUAACGAGGUGGCAACAAAUCAAGGCGGAAAUAUCAAGUUCAAAGCCGACAUUGAAGAUAUUACGUCAUUUGAUCGACUUGCUGAAAUCAUGAAAGCUUCAGUUAAGGAGGAGAAACGUGUUAAGGCUGUCGGAUCCUUUGCCGCAUUCAGUGGAAUUACAGAAACAAAUGGUUACCUUUUACAAACAAACAAAUAUACUGGAAUUUCAAAAACCUCUUUGGAUAUAUUAAGAGAAAAUAUUAAAGCUCAAGCCGAAAAAGAUGAUAUUGUUUAUUAUGAUGUGAAAUGUGGAAAUACCAUUAAAGAUGUUGUUAAAGAAUUAAAAAAAGAUAAUAGAGCUUUGUUCAAUUUAGAUGGUUGGGGAGGCCAAUGUAUCGUGAGUGCUAAUGCGACAUCUACUCAUGGUAGUGGUAUCACACUCCCACCAUUGCAUUCAUUUAUCGUAUCAGUCAACAUAAUUGCUCCUGGUGGGAAACUUUAUCGAAUUGAACCAUCCAAAGGGAUAACUGAUCCACUCAAAUUCCGUUUUAAAUUCCCUAACAUCAGUCUAAUUCAAGAUGACGAAACUUUUAACGCUAGCAUAGUGCACAUUGGUGCACUUGGAAUAACUUAUGAAAUAACAAUAUACUCAAUUUCUCUCUAUUCUAUAAUUCAGAUUAGAGAAGAAACCACCUGGAAUCAUGCCAAAUCUAUUCUAAAACAAAAACCUUAUUCUUCCAAUCCUUAUCUCCAAUAUCAUAAUUGUGAAGUUUGGAUUAGUCCGUACACUGAUUAUGCUUUAAUAACAAAAAGAAAUAUAGCAACUCAAGAAGACAAGAAGAAUUAUCCUAAAUCCGAAAUUAAUAUGUUGUUUCAAGAAUUUAUGGAAUUGCCUAUAGUACAAGGAAUUUCUAAAAUUUUAAAUGUUAGUGUGGGUGGUGCUUUGUUUUUGCUGCUAAACUUGUUUCCAGCUACCGUUCCAUCUAUGAUUGAGAUUGCUGAGAGAACUCAAUAUCAUAAAGAUCCUAUUGUUGAUACUUAUGAUAAUAUUUAUCCAGUUGGAUUAGUCAAUGAUUUUAAAGUAAUAGCAGUAGAGUUUUCAUUUUCAAUGAAAAAUGAUAAUCACAUUGCUGCUAUCGAUGCGAUUCUUCAAACACUUAAAAAGAUUAGAGAAGAAGACAAUUUAAACAUUAAUGGUCCGGCUUCUCUGAGAUUUUCUGCUGCAUCCUCUCAGUAUUUUUCUAUGGCAUAUAAUGCUGACAAUGAACCUAGAGCUUACCUUGAAAUGCCAAUUUUACUUUAUGAACCACAUAUUGUUUAUUACAAAAAGACUUAUGAUGCAUUACUUCAAACGGCACUAAAAUUUAAUGCAAGAUGUCAUUGGGGUCAAUAUUUUUCAUCUAUACUUGAUCACCAGUAUCUUUUAAAUGCUUAUGGCGCAAAGCCUGUUUCUUUGUUUAUUAAGCAAAUUCAAAAAUUUGAUCCUCAAGGAAUUAUGAGCAAUGAUUUACUAAACCAUUUAGGAUUAACACCUGAUGGUAAAGUUGUUGAUAUUAAUCCAUUUCAAAAAGUUAUUAGAGAUAUUAGUAUUGGGAUAGAAGAAUUUUGGAGUAAAUUAACGCUAAAAGACGAUAAAACUGGUUAA